UUGACAUGUAGCUUAACCAAAAAAAACGUAAACAGCUGUUUAAAAUGGAAUUUGACACGUCAGAAUUUUAAUGUACUAUACCUCUUUAUCUUCUUUAUUCUUUCAAAAUGGAAACGUCCGACAGCGAAUGUUUCGAAAGUGCAGAUGAAGAAAUUUACGCCGAAAAUGAAAAUAAAAAAUCCAAGAAGGUAGCGGGUUCACCACCCUCGAAGGAAAUUCCAUGUGAAACUGAACACAUCUCAUAUUUAAAAACUGAAGAAACCAAAAAUGAACGGACCAAUAUUUUAGACAGUAAUUUGCAGGUCGAUGAAGAUAAGCCUACAAAAAUAGGAUUAAGUAACACAAAUGAGCCCGAGGUAAUUACCGACAAUAACACAAGCAACAUUCAAGAGGAGGAUGAAGUCAAUAUGUGGGAUGAAGAUGAAGAUUGGGAACCUGUAGAAACAAAAACAGAGAUAAAACCCAGUGAAUCACCACCACUUACCAUAAAUAGGAUAUGGGGUUGGGAUCUUUCUGCCAUGCUAAAUGCAGCGACAGUCGGUGUGACCGCUGUUACUACUCAAGUCUCUCAAGGACUAUCAAACGUACUUGAAACCGGGAUAGGUGCACCAGAUCCAGCUGAACUUGCCAGACGUACAACGCAAGAAGAACAUACACAUGAUGCCGAAAUUACAGAACCCUCCACCAACUCGUCCACAAAUCUCUUCGGGUUCGGUAAUUUAGUAUCGGGCGUUACACAAAUUACAAAACUGGUGGAGACUACGGGUAAUAAAGUGAUAUUGGGUGGUUUAGACACAUUAGAAACUAUUGGCAAGAAGACUAUGCAAGUUUUGCAAGAAGGCGAUCCCGGUUUGAAAAAGAAAAGAGCACUUCUAAAAAUUGAGGGGGAGAAACCGGUGUUGUCCCACAUCCUGCGGGAGGCAAAGGAGAAAGCCGAAUUAGAGAACAGGUUGCUUGAAGAGCAGCACUUUGCGCGGAAGGCCAACUAUGAAAGCCUAUUCGAUGACCAUCAGGGUUUAGUACACUUAGAAGCCUUAGAGAUGCUCUCGAAGCAGUGUUCAAUUAAAUUAGAACGAUUAAUCGAAUCUCAAUCGGGAAGGGAGCUGGUAGAGCUACAAGAGACGAUGAAUCAAAUAGUGGAGUUGUGCGAAUUGGUUGAUGAUGAUGACGAGCUUGAAGAUGCAUCCGAAAUUAAAGAAAAAUUAGACACUGCGGUGUCUGAGAUGGUGAUCAAUAUUUCAUAUGACAAAGUGUUAACGACAAGGAAAGAGGCAGAGCAGUGGUUGGAUAAUUUACAUUUAGGGGUGUGUUCGGAAUUGGAGUUACAUGAGCAAGCUAUUGAUACGUUGGCACAAUUAACAGCACUGGCAGUAGAACGUUAUCACAAAAUCGGCGAGCUAUUAUUGAUUAAAGAGCACAGAAGCACUGCAGAUGAAGCUGAUAGCCUUGUUCAAGUGACCACGAUUUUAACAGCAUUAAUCGGCAACAUGGCAACUAAAUUUUCAAACAAGUUAAGCGAGAAGUUAUCAGAUUCCACACACAAAGAUCAUAUAAACACACUGAUCACAAACGUAUACUUCGAGGUAAAAGGAUGUCGUUUAUUUAACGUUAAAUUUAAUAUUUCAAUUUCAGUCGGCCAACAGCACGUCCUAUCUGAAGAACGCUUUUCAGUUGUUGAUUCCAGUUCUUCAAGUUGGAGCAAUUUAAGUUUUUUUACUACAUGUUAAAUUAUUGAUUUUGUAUAUUAUUAGUUUAUAAAAGUUAAUAAAACGAUGCUACCAA